GAGCCAUCAGAGGAGGAUCUUUCAAGCAAUCUGGCACAGUUUGAGGGAUUUGACUGGUUCACAGCGACUAUAUUUUUGAUCUUUGGAGGAGAUUCUGGUCGUGCAUUUGCCUUCUUGACGAACUUUUACAAGUCGCGUUCGGCCGUGUAUCUGUGGCCUGCUCGAAGCCGUUCCCUGAUGAAGAAUUCGAAGAAACGUGAGGUCGUUUCCUCUUACGUCGCUGAGAUUACCCCCAUGUACUACAAACUCUGCCACCAUAUGGAGUUGAUUUUAGCCAAAGAAGCCCACGGCGUAUUCAACACUUUCCGUCUUUCUGGUCAUCCACCAUCAAAGGUGUUUUUCCACUGGAUGUCCCAAAGUUUCUGGAACUAUUUGGACUGGCCGGAAAUAGUGGACUUUCAACUGUUGUGUCUCCUGUGCGGACCAGAGUACGCCGCAUUUGCCGGGGUGGCUAUUCUGCGUCACCUCAAGCCAGCUCUCACCGAUGCACUCCAAUCUCAGUCGCAUUUGGUCAGGCUCAGGGUGAGUUUGCAGAGUACGCAUACGCAAUUACCUCUUUCUUACGGCUGUUGA